AUGGCGCAUAUGACUCCACUGGACUUUCGCGUUACAGCAGCAGCACAAUUUCGACUAUUUGCAGCGGCUUGCUCGAUAUCAUCAAUGUCCAUAAAUAACCUUAAUAAAAUAUACGGCCAAGAACAGCUUGUGAACACACGAGUUCUAUCACCAAUAUCUCUUCACGAUCAAGCUAAUGCUCUUAUCGACAAAUUUAAGGCUAUGAUGCAAGUACAAAUAACACCGCUUCGUGGCAUUCAAUUCUUGCAUUUCAUCAUCUCUCAAGAUGGUUCUAACUCAGCUGCUCACACAAAUGCAUUUCUUACAAGUGUCCCUGGCUCCAACAAAUUUGAAGCUAUCACUAAUUUUUAUCCAAAACAUGACAAUGUCGUCAACAGUAGUAACUAUCAGAACGACUUCUUUGAGUGCAACACGUACUACCCGGUGACUUACAAAGCUGGAAUAUAUGACUGGGCUCUUGAACCACGACCACUCACAGAAAUAAUGACUCCAAAACCACCAUCUGUUUUUAUUGUGCCUGGAAUGCAUGUCGGUUGUUUACCAAAUGAUGCCAUGCAUUUGAAUACACUCGAAUGUUUCUUUGAUUCUGGAUGUCUUAAUACCACAGCACAAUGGAUUUCAACUUUGCCAGCUGCUUCUUGGCCAAAGCCAUUAAACAGUUCAAUGAAAUCACGUUUUAUUUCCACCACGUCUACUAAUACUCUUACAGAGGAACUAAUGAUUGAAGAAUGGCAAAAUAUAACAAAUUUUUCGGGUUACUAUGCUGCUUGCUUACCAGCUUCAUGCACUUACAUGAUAACUAAACAUAGUAGUAUUCUUCAGAUACUAACAAUAUUCAUCGGAUCAUUAGGUGGUCUUAUGGUAGUUCUACGCACUAUUACACCACAACUCGUUAAAUUACCUUCUAUUCUUAUUUAUAUUAUUUCAAAAAGAAAGAGGCCCAAUACAAAUAUACAAGUGCAACAGUUCGGUAUGAUCUAA